ACAAUCGUUGAAAAGAUCACCACGGCGUUGCAGCACUACCAAAGUUCGAUUAGACUUAUGGAGCACGAAAAAUAUGAAAUAGUGGGGUACUGCCGAAAGUCUCCUGGCAAUAAAGCAACACGAGACCGGCUGCGGCUGAUGCAGCACAUGGUUGGUCGUCUUCAAGAGCGGUCAUUAGUUGAUAAGGUCUUUGUUUCUCUUUCUUGCAAGUCGAAUCAACCUAUAAGCGAGCGUAGGGGUCGCAAUUGGAAGGGUCGGGUCGGGUCAAGGGUCUGA